AUGAAGGAGUACGACUUCAACAAAAAAUAUGAAACAGAAGAAGAGCGGCUGAAAGCCUUUGAGUACCUUCUCACAGUCUCGAAGCAGCUGAUAAAAAGGAAGGAAAGACAAAGCACCUCCUAUUUCGUGCGUAAUAUCGACUUGGUGUUCAAAAUACUGCCAACUAACUGCGCUCUCCUGUUUCCCCUGCUGCUUGUAGAAAACUUGGAAAUAGACAGCGCGUUUUCGCGCAGAUUCGGGACAUUUUUGCACACCUACAAGGAUAAUCCACAUGCUUAUGCCAAAAUACUGCACCACUGGAUCACGAAAUACCCCGAUAUCGUGGUUUACAACAUGCGCGGAUCGGUGUUUAGCCUAUUUCUUGAUAGCCUAGACAUCGAAAAUGCUGCUAACACGUUCGUCAAGUUCUACGAUAUGCGGGAGAAGGAGUUCGAUUCAUUUCUUGCUUUAAUGAAGAAGUACCGCUUCUUUACGCGCCUCCUGACGCUGCUGGAGCAAACGGUUGGCAAGGAUAUAUCAGAGUACGAGUGCAGUAGCGAGUACAACUACGAGAACAUAAGAGUGCGGUUCAGCGAUAGGCUGGACGAGCUGAGGAACGAGGCUAUAAAAAAUGAAAAAAAGAAAAAGAAGGAGGAGAGCGUGAAGUAUGUGCGAAAGGAGAACAAGACAAAGGACGGCCUGGAGGGGGUAAUCAAGGAGUUCAAGAAGCUGAGGAUCAGCGAUGAGGACAAGGAUAAAUGCGUAGUGGGCGACUCCGAAACAGAAAAUGCUAACUCCACACCUGAUGAUGCGAAUGACCGUACAAAUGAUGAUAAAAGCACGAGCAAGGCAAACAUACAGAUACGCAGGAAUGUCUUGGCCAUAAUUCUCUCGUUUCUCAAAAAGUACAGCGAUGAUUCGAUCAAUCACAAAAUUAUGAAACAGAGCAACGUAAUCCUCAACCUGUUUCUUGAAGAGAAUGUGCACAUCAUCGAGUUGAAUUCUCUAUUCAACAUUCUCAAAACACUGGUGAGUAAGAGAAACAGCAAAGUGCUUGUUGACAUGAUGGGCAGGCGGAUGAACACCUUUAAGUUCCUGUUUAAUACGCUGGACGAUGUGUGCAUCAAGGAGGUGGACAAGGGCAGAAGCAAGAACAAGGAUGAUGCCGGUAAGGAUGGGGGUAAAAAGGGCACAGGCAGCGGAGGGAAAGAGCCGGCCGAUGGCAGUAAAAGCGCAGGUGAUCCGGAAAAAGACGUUUCAAACGACGAGUCGGAUGAUAAUAAGGUAAUUCCGAUCGACUUCAUUUUCAACAACACCGAUUUCAUACCAAACCUGGAGAUCGACUACGUGAAUGGAGACAAGAUGCACAAGAAACGGGGAAACUAUAAGCGGAGCGUUGAGCGACAACUGGUAAAGCUGAAGGAAAGCUUUCUUGAGCUGCACCUCUCCUUAAAACUCAAUCUGCUGUGCUACUGCAGCAAGUACAGAAAAAUACGCGAGAUAAUAAGGAAGCAGCUGCUCCACAUAUACUUCAUCUCGGUGUUCUUCGAAACUACGAACACGUUUGUUCUGCACUCGUUCACGGUGUUCCUGGAGAACUGUUUGGAGGACUACAAGUUCAUGGCAGAAAUACUGCUCUCAACCAACCUGCUGAAAAUGAUACAGAGAACGGGCAAGGAGCAGUAUCUGACCCUGUAUGGGAGAUAUCCUGAGCGGAAGCCCAUGUUUGUGUUCAAUACCUACGUUGCGUUUCUGCUUAUGAAACUGAAACGCGAUAUUGCUGCGUAUUGCCGGGUGGAUCUGAAGGUGAUGGAAAACCGCAAUUACAGCGACUACGACUGGCGGGGCGAGGACCGGGUGUACACUGACUAUAAGAAUGUCAUAUUCAGGCGAGUGAUUGAUGCGGAUGUUGAGCAGGCCAGUUUUGACAGGGGCAGGGUAGGUACGUUUGAUGGCGCUGAGGGCAUAUCUAGGGCAAGCGAUGGAUACAUCUCACGCGAUGGCGACAAUGAAUAUGUUAAUGGUGACAUGAGCGCGAGCUCGCCGAGACGAGAUGCAAGGGAUGACGCCAGACAUGCUGUUUCGAAAGAUUCCUCUGCAGGCAACGAGAAGAAAACAAUUGCAAAUAUGUCAACCAGCAAAGCAGAUAUCAUAAAUCGGCUUUUGUUCAAGCUGCGAUAUCUUGAAUCGGACGAGUGGCUCUUUGUGCAGGAUGGAGUUUUCAACCCGGAGAUUGCGAGGUAUAAGGUCGCAUAUGAUGAUAAGAGCGUGCAUGAUUACAUGGAGAACAGCAUGCCUGAAAGCAUGUACCGAUUUCUGUUCAAGAACUUGGUCUGGGACAUGCCAUUCUGCGAUAUUUUCAGUGAGAAUGGGAUAUGAACAACAUGAAACUUAUAACUCGGCAUUGUUCAUUCGUAUUUAUACCUUUAAAAACCUUAUUUAGGUUUGCAUGAAAUGGAAAGGCUGCAAUCCCUAGGUGCUGCUUAAACCUUAUUUAAAUUUGCAUGAAGUGAAAAGGCUGCAAUCCGUAAGUGCUGCUACGUAUGCUUGUUGUAUGUAGAUUAUGUGGUGAUGAUGAGCUGUGCAGUGUAGUAUCUGAGCAGCUGUCCGUUAACAAUAGCGUUAUGUUUAAGAGCGCAGAAAUGUCUGCCAUUAAAAAGCGUUUAAAGGGAUA